GCCCCGGGCUCUGGGGACGCUCCCGGGAACCCAAAGCCCAGACCCGCCGCCUCCCUCCGGGGCCGCUGCAGCCGCCGCUCCCCCCCGCCCCGCUCCGCCCCGCAGGAGCCGGCGCCGCUGCACCGGGGCCCGCCGGGGGGGGGGGGGGGGGCAGGAGCCGAGCCCCGGGGCUGCGGCGGCGGCCCGGGGAGGCGAGGGGCCGUGGGCGGCCGGGAGGCGCUUUGUCUGCGGCCAGGGGCAGCGGGGGAGGCGCCCAGCCGAGCCGAGCCGGGCCGGGCCAAGCCGAGCCGGGCCGGGCGGGGCGGCGGGGGCGGGAUCGGGGCGGCGGUGCCGGCUCCGCGCCGCGCAGGUUAAGAGCCGCGUGGGGCAGCGCCGGGAGCGGAGUGAGCCGUGCCGUGCCGUGCCGUGCCGUGCCGUGCCGUGCCGUGCCGUGCCGUGCCGUGCCGUGCCGUGCCGUGCCGUGCCAGCAUGGCCCAGCCGCGCUGCCGCUCCGUGCUCAUCACCGGCUGCAGCCGCGGCAUCGGGCUGGGGCUGGUGCGGGGGCUCGCAGCCGCCAGCCCCUCUCCGGACUUCGUCUUUGCGACCUGCCGAUACCCCGAGAAGGCGCAGGAGCUCCAGCAGCUUAGCAAGCAAUACAGCAACAUCAAACUCCUCCAGCUGGAUGUGGUCUGUGAAAACAGCAUCAAGAAAGUAGUCAAGGAAGUGGAAGAAAUCGUGGGAGACAAAGGUCUGAACUGCCUCAUUAACAAUGCUGGCAUCAAUGUGCUUGCUUCCUUGGAAGAAGUCACAGCAGAGACAAUGCUCACCAUUUAUGAAACCAAUACGGUUGCUCAGCUGAUGGUCACCAAGGCAUUUCUACCCCUUCUGAGGAAGGCAGCCCAGCUGAGCACAGGAAUGGGCUGCCAUAGAGCUGCUAUUAUCAAUAUGUCCUCUCUUGCUGCCUCCAUGCAACUCGUCCAGGCAAAUGAGAUGUUCCUCAAGGUCUAUCCCUACAGGAUAGCAAAGACUGCGCUGAACAUGAUCACCAGGUGUCUUGCUGCAGAUUUGAAAUCGGAUGGAAUUCUCUGUAUUUCUUUACAUCCAGGCUGGCUUCAGACAGACAUGGGUGGAAACAUGGCUCCCAUGCAGGUGCAAGAGGCUAUCCCAGGUAUUCUCUCCGUUCUGGACCAUCUUGGUGAAAAAGAAAAUGGUUCCUUCCUGGACUGGCAAGGGGAAACUCUACCGUGGUAGAAGUGCACAGUAUACUACAGAAACAGCAUGUCACUCACUAUUUAACUUGUGCCACUAAUGUCCGUGUCUCUAGGGUUCUCUUAUAUGCUAGUUGAAAUAGCCAGUCUGAUAUCCAGCCUCUCUCUAGGUGUAUUUGGAAAGUGAGGUGGCUGACUCUUUUACUUGGUAUUGCUACUGCUCUGUUCUAAUGCUUCCUGCAAAUUCUACUGUGCAUGGGUAUCUCCUGGAACCAUCUCAAAUAGAUUAAAAACUGCCAGUUAAAUCCAGGGGCUGGUUCCUCUUCACUUCCAAAACCAAAGUGGGCCUCUCACUCUCUGCAGAAGCAAAUGACCUGACCUCAGAGUAAGGCCAGUGUAAGCUGUCAGAUUCCAGUAUGUUCAACCUGCUGCAGACAUGUCUCUGGAGAAGGUCCUUCAGUUUUCUUCAGUUCUAACUGAGCCAAGGCUGAAAUUUCUCAGCGCUAAUCUACAUGAAUUUGGUACUUCUGUAAAGUCCUCGGCAAGCUCUGAGUGUCCCCAGGUUGACAGCACACACCAGGCACUUGCUUUGUUCCCAGUAGGUGACUAACAUCCUGAUAUGGGGGCGGGAAUGUUGUUUUGUACAUAAACUUCUAACAUGUCUUCAAUAAAGUCUUGUUUAAACAAA